GCGGACCGCUUCGGUAAAACCCAUCGGCGAGCGGGCACGAUGCCGUGUAGUCAAUUUCGGGUGUUUGAGGAUGGGGGGGAGGACGAGAAUCUGAAGGCGCAGAAGAAGUGUUGCGUGUACAAGUACAUCCGCGUGGGACAUAGUCUCAGUGAGAGAUUUCGCGGCAAUCGCAUGUUGAAGUGCGUUUUAUGCGGCCACGAGUUUCAGGGCAACCAGUUCGUGGCAGCGCGCCAUUUCCGCCAGGGCAAGGGAUGUCCGGAAACGACAGACGAGGCACUUGUCGACAUCCACUAUAACAGUGAGUACAAGAUGUCCGAGAAGUUCCUAGAGCGGAUACAACGAUUUGAGGAGCUUCACGGUGCGGCGCCUGCGGUGGAUCCGCAACGGGACGAGGGGGGGGAACGAGAGAUGAGGGACGCGGGGGAGCAAAUCAAUGUGGACGACGACGACGAGGAGGUUGCACGAGCGGGGGCAGGUGCGGAUACGCCUGAGGCAAGUGCGUCUGCGGGGAAGAGGAAGGAGAGAGAGGAGGGGGACAGACUGACGGCAGCAGCCGCAACACAGAAGAGGAUGAGACAGAACACGAUCACGGAGUCGUUCACCUCAAAGUGGCAGAUGGAGUUCAAGAAGAAGUGGCUGCGGUUUGUGUACAGUCAGCGCCUGGCGUUCAACGUCUUCCGGAGCGAGCCAUGGUUGGACGUCGUCCGACACUUCAGGGACUUGCCGGGGCCAGUGAAGGUGUUGUGGCCUUCAGAGAAUGAGAUCGCGGACAUAGAAACCAUUGUCCACACGGCCGACGAUGUGGGAGUUGAUCUCGCGGAGGUCAGGGCUCCUUUCUAUGUCACGGGGGCCACCAUUAUGUCAGACGGAAGGAAGUCACGCGAUGCUAGACCCAUCGUUAACUUCCUUGCCGGCGGGUCGCGUGGGGUGAUGCUCAUCCGGAUGAUGAAUAGGGAGGGUGAGAGGGAUCGGGCGCCUGAUGUGUUGGCGCGGUGGAUCAAGGUGUUCGAUGACUUCCCCCCUAAGUGGGUGAACGCCAUCUGCACCGACUCCACCUUGGCGUACGUCGCUGUGGUGAACAUGCUCCAGGGGCCCCUUCAGAGGCCGGAGCAUCGACGUAUCACGUGGCUCCCAUGCGCAGUGCAUGUCUGCAACAAGAUGUUGUCAGACAUUGGCUGUUCGGGCCCGUGGUCCAAGGACAUCAUCGUGAGGGGGAGAGCGGUGGUGCGCUUCAUUAAGGAGCAUGGCGCCGCUCUCCAUAUCUUCCGGGGGGAGAGCAGUCAGAUGGGCCUCAUCUAUCCUUGCGAGACACGUUUCGCAUCCGUGUUCGCGAUGGUGGAGCGUUUGCUGGCAGUGAGGUCAGCUUUGGAGAGGACGGUGGAUGGCGAUAGUUGGGGUAUGGUCCCUUGGGACCAUUCAGUUCGUCAUUUGGCUAGGUGGGUCAGGUGGCAGGUGCGACAUGGCAGUUUGUGGGAUUCCAUGGGCAUCUUGCUCCGUAUCAUGGAGCCUGUGUACGACCUGCUGCGCAGGUUGGACUGCGGAGGGCUGCACAUGUCGCGGGUGGUUGAGUGGACGCAGGAUCUGGCCCGCCAGGUGGCAGAGGAGGUUUGUGCACUUCCGCUAGAUCUUGCACACUACAUUGUGCAGAGGGUGCAGGCUCGAUGCGCUCACAUGCUGGAGCCGACGCACGCUGCUGCUCACCUCCUCUGUCCCAGCCGGCGAGACUUGCGGUACUUCGAGGGCGUGGUCAGCGACUACGACGCGAGCUUGGUGAGGGAGGCGGAAACUUACAUCUUGUCGCAGACAGGGUUCAGUGUGGCGAGCCGCGACUACGAGACCGCAUGUGCACAGUUGCGUGACUUCCACACACGGAGGGGGACGAUUGCUUGGGGGGGGAGAGACGGAGACAGAGAUGCACAAAGGUGCAGGGGCGAUGCGGAGACGUACGAGUCCGGGUGUUGGUGGUCGAGGUACGGGCAGUGCGCCCCGCAGUUGCAGGUUAUCGCUCUUCGUAUGAUGUACAUGUGGAUGUGUUCCUCUCCUGCGGAGAGGAAUUGGGCCGUCCACGAGGGUGUACAGACAAAGAAGCGUAACCGGCUUGAGUUCGAGAAGGUCGCGAAGUUGGUUGAGAUCUCAGCCAACGUCCGCCUUUUAUCUCAUCAGCGAGCAGGUCGCGGGUUCGCGCUGCCGUGGACUCUAGAUGAGUCGUUGUUGGACGUGGAGGGAGGUAUUGGGAUUCGCCCCUCAUGGAAGGGGACGGACGAGAGUAGGACGCGGGAGGAGGUCGAGGAUCAGAGACGUUCAUGGCUGCGAGACCCAUGUGGGUCCAGAGCUCCUCCGGGUGAUGUGGGCGAUGUUUUCGGGACUCGAGCCGCCACAUUGCACCCGUACCCUCGAGACGACAGUGAUUCCAAGGGUCACGAGGACGAGGACGAGCCGGCGGGCCCCGCUAGCACCACUUCCGCGGUGGAUGAGCGUGAUGAGUGGGGCGACCUAGAGGACGUCCGUAGACGGAGUGGCGGAGAUGACCUUUUCAUUCAGGUUUAUUUGGAGGAGUCUGGGGGUCGUCAUGGGAGCCCUUUAGAGCGUCCGAGGCCUACGUCCACCGUUUCGCUUCCCGCUGAGCGAGAGACAGAUCCUGGGUCUGCACCUUCGAGGGGGGCAGAGUCGAGGAUUGGCCAUCGUCCUCUGGGUCGCUCUGGCACGACAUCAUCCACCGCUCUUCCCACUUUGACGGAGCAGCUUCAUCGACAGCCAGCCGUUGCAGAUCGAUUGCAGAGAUUGGUGAGGGGCCCGAGACAGCGAUUGGAGGACAGAUUGAGGGGCGGUCCUGUGCCGGUGCAGGGUGACGACGGAGACGGACAGGGGUUCGUUGGUGGAGAUGGUGGUGCGCUGGCCGGAGGUGGAGGCGGUGCCGAGGCUGAUGCGGCGAUUGAGGGGAUACCGAUGGGCGGCGGAGGCGGUUUCAGUGAGUUUGGCGAUAUGGGUAUGCCCCCGGGAGAGAGUGUGGGUCUGGCCCUAGGAGAGAGGGAGUCCCGUGGGGACAUUAGUGUGGGUACGCAGGACUUAUUGGGAUAGAUCAGCUUCGCGGACCCGAG